AUGGAUAACUUCGAAGGUUCUGACCGUGUUUUGGUACAGCAAGUACAAUUAGAAAGCCAGAAAGUGAUUACCAAAAUUGAACUGCUAAAAGUUAAAGAAUUAAAACCACUUUCAAAAGCAGUAGGACUUGGUGUUUCUUUUAGAAAACCUCAACUACAAGAAGCGCUAAGGAAAUUUAUACUGGAAUCACAAUCACCUGAUAUAUGGAAACCUAAAACUGUUUCAGUUUUAAUUGAUAAAAUACAUAGUGGAGAAGAACUACCGUCUUACGAGACGUUAUAUUCACAGCUACGGCAUAAUAUUACACCAAUUCGUGGUUCAUCUCCAUCAGCAGUAGCAGUAGCAUCGUCAUCUCCACAAUCCAGUUACUCAGAAAAACCUGCUGUUCCUCCUUUACAUUUCAAAGAAUCACCAUUUUUCAAGUUGAAAAGACUGAUACCACAAACAGCCCAACCUGUGAAGAAAAUUGGUGGAAGAGGUAUUGCACUGGCAAAAUUUCGCUUAUCACCUCAUGAUUAUGAAUUACUAUCAAAAACUAAUAAAUACAAACUCUACUUAUUUUGUGCAAAGGUAAAUGAAUUAGGAUCAAGAGGGAACGAAUUCAUAGAGUUCCCAACACAUUGUGAAGUUAGAUUCAACAACGUUCGUGUACCUGAUAAUGUGAAAGGUUUGAAAAAUAAACCAGGAACUACAAAACCAGCUGAUUUGACUCCAUAUAUUAGAAAUCAAAAUCAAGAAAAUAUCUUACAAUUGAUAUAUGCAAUGACCACUUCAGAAUAUAGAAUAUAUUGUUACGUAGUGGAAUUGGUGCCGCCAGAAGAUUUACUUCAACAGGUUUUGGCACAUCCAAAAAUUAUCAGACAAGCUACUUUAUAUUAUCUUGCUAACGAAUUGAAUGAAGAUAAUGGUGAUGAUUUGAUAACGACAUCCAUCGUAAUGAGUUUGCAAUGUCCCAUAUCAUAUACUAAAAUGAAUUAUCCUGCCAAAUCAAUAAUAUGUAAACAUCUACAAUGUUUUGAUGCGUUAUGGUUUUUACAUUCUCAAUGGCAAGUGCCCACUUGGCAAUGCCCCAUUUGUACUAUCAAGAUAGAGUUAAAGGAUUUGGCAAUCUGUGAGUUUGUGGAAGAUAUACUGAAAAAUUCAGGUGAUGAAGUGGAACAAGUAGAAUUGGCUGCUGAUGGUAGAUGGACAGCAUUCGAUGAAGAGGAUCCCAAGAAUCAACAAAAGAAACCUAUAAUUCAGCAAUCGAAGGUCAAGAUGGAAAAUGAUGGAUGUGAUCAAAUGAUACCGGAAAAGCAAGAAGAUAACUCUCCUCGAGAAAUGUCAAAAGAAAACCUGGAUAAAGAUCGUAAUAUAAAUGUACAUGGUGGAGUGGAAAUAAUAACGUUAGAAAGCGAAAGUGAAGAUGAACAGGAUGAACAGGAACGGGGACAAGAACAGCAACCGGAACCUAUCGAAGAAGAGGAAAAUCAAGAACGAAUUACUGAAACAUUACCUCGCCUAUCUACAGAAAGAACCGUACUUAACAAACACUUAUCUACAGUCGAAUCAUCGUCUGUUCCAAUGAGACAGGAAGUCACAACACCUAAGAUCAGAUCCCAUCAAGAAAAUAGCAUCAAUUUCAUACAAAGGCCAGAAAGUCAUAUAUCUAAUGAAUCCGAACAAUCGCAACUAGUAAGGGUAGGAGACGAAUAUAACAGCAAUAUGAGAGGCGGAAGUUCUUCUGUAUCAACGCCGAUACACACUCACCACAAUGGUGUGAGACCGAUACCGACAUUCCUCGAAAAUGGCUCUAGCUCUGAAGUGCCAAAUAGAGUUACCGGUGUCCGGUACCCAUCGUCCACCUCAACUGUUGUGAUAACAAGAGGUAAUACUGUAGUUCCAUCUUCAACAGAUGACAACACAUAUCAACAAUUGGCCAACGGAAGAAAUGCUGAAGAGAUGAAUCAAGUUACUUUACCUCCCUUUGCCAGCUUUGCCUGUGACACGUUCCCGUGA